AUGCGCGUCAUCAAGCCAACAUGGCUGAGCCAUAGCGGCGAGCAGAAGGACUUCGAGGUCUACAGCUGUCACGUCUCCGCCGACGGCAAGCGCCUCGCGACUGCAGGUGGUGAUGGACAUGUGCGCGUCUGGUCGACUGAGGCCAUCUACGGCGAUGCCAUUGAAGGCUCCGAGAAGAAGCCGCGACAGCUCUGCCACAUGAGCCACCACCUGGGCACCAUUCACUCCGUCCGCUUCUCGCCAAACGGUCGCUACCUUGCUUCCGGCGCCGACGACAAGCUCAUCUGCGUCUACCACCUCGACAAGAGCCCUCCCGUGGCUUCUUUCGGUCUGGGCUCCGAACCUCCCCCGGUCGAGAAUUGGAAGACAUACAAGCGUCUAGUCGGCCACGAGAACGAUGUUCAGGACCUCGCCUGGUCUUUCGACUCGUCCAUACUGGUCUCAGUUGGUCUCGACUCCAAGAUUGUCGUGUGGUCGGGCCACAGCUUCGAGAGGCUCAAGACAAUCACCGUCCACUCCAGUCACGUCAAGGGAAUCACCUUCGACCCUGCAAACAAGUUCUUCGCGACUGCCUCCGACGACCGAACCAUCAAGAUCUUCCGAUUCACUCCUCCCGCGCCGAAUGCGACACAACAUGACAUGGUCAACAACUUCGUGCUCGAGACGACGAUCAGCGCACCAUUUAAGAGCUCGCCGUUGACGACGUACUUCCGCAGAUGCUCUUGGUCCCCCGACGGCAAUCACAUUGCGGCACCAAACGCCGUGAACGGUCCAGUCAGCUCCGUGGCCAUAAUAGAGCGCACGCGAUGGGAUAGUGAGAUCAACCUCAUCGGCCACGAGGGCCCGACCGAAGUCUGCAUGUUCUCCCCUCGCCUGUUCCAUACCGAAAACCCAGCCGACAAUCCUGACAACAACGGCCUUGUUACGGUCAUCGCAUCAGCUGGUCAGGACAAGACGUUGAGCAUAUGGAACACCAACACCAGUAGACCGGUGGUCAUCCUCCAGGACGUCGCUGGAAAGUCAAUAUCGGACCUUGCCUGGUCCCCCGACGGCGGAACAAUCUUCGCUUCAAGUCUCGACGGCUCCGUGGUUGGCAUUCAAUUCGAUCGCGGAGAGCUCGGGUGGGUUGCCAAUGCGGAGGAGAACGACAAGGCGCUGCAAAAAUACGGGGCGUCGAGGAAGGGUAUGGGUAUCGCGGAAGAUAUCGAAAACCUCAACCUGGAGAAUCAGAGCAAGGCCGGCGAGUCCAGGGCCGCUGAAUCACGAAUGGGUGCUCUCAUGGGUGACGGUCCAUCGAAAGACGGAGCACCUACGACGAACGGAACAAAGCCUAGCGGAUCGGCGACGGGCACCUCGACACCGAAGCCAACCAACGGCAACGUCGAGCCCGAGAAGGAGAAGGAGAAGCCGGCAGAAGAGCCCGCAGACAAGUCGGCAGAGAGGGUCAAGGAGCUCAAGUCGCGGGUGACUGUUGGCAAAGACGGCAGGAAACGUGUGGCGCCUCUUCUGGUGUCUGCGUCAGGCACCGGUCAAUCAUCCCUGCCUCAGACACAACUUGUCGGAUCUACCUCAUCGAAGGCAGCACAGAACGAUGCCCCACAAACAAUCUUGGAUCUCGACAGGCCAUUUGACGGUCUUCCCAAGGGAGGAGUUGCCGCCAUGCUUCUGGGUAACAAGCGGAAGGUAGCGGCGAUCGAAGGCGAGGAAGAGGAAGAGCACGCGUCGAAGCGCCAGGCAACAACCGGUCCCACGGCAGUCGUGCUCAACGGCGUGGAUGGAGCUGAGCCAGCUUCAGUCGUGCCAGCAUUACAUGGAGUUGUACCUACACCGGAGUACCUCCGUCCAGCAGUGCUAAACCCAUCAAUCGCCUUUGCACAGAUUCGCCUCGCUGUUCCCAAGGUCAGAGCACAGAUCGUACGUCCCCUGGAGCGGGGUGUCCUGCUGCCUGAGAGUAGCACCGAUGAGGCGUCCAAGGUACCGGAGAACAUCAUCCUGGAAGCUCGAAACCCAGUUCAGAUUAGGGAUCCAUCUCACAUUUCAGCUACCAAGCGUGGAACACUGCUGUGGCAGGAUUACCUCCCCAGAGCAGUCAUCUUGGUCACUGGCAACAAGACUUUCUGGGCGGCAGCUUGCGAGGACGGAAGUGUCUUCACCUGGACACCCGCCGGUCGUCGGCUGAUGAACCCAAUCAUCAUGGAGUCUCAGCCCGUCAUCCUCGACUGUCGCCACAAUUAUCUCCUAUGCAUCAACGCUGUCGGAUUAUGUCACGUCUGGGAUGUGCAGAGGCAAGCAGCCACUCACCCACCAGUCUCUCUUGGCCCCGUUCUCGAGCUUGCUACUACCACGCUGAACCUCAACUCCACGACACCAGGCCCAGGCAUCACGUCGGCGCAAUUGAACUCAGCCGGACAUAUCGUUGUCACCCUUACCAACGGAGAUGGCUAUUACUAUACCCGUGACAUGUACUGCUGGCAGAGAGUCAGCGAGGCCUGGUGGGCUGUCGGCUCCCAAUACUGGAAUAGCAACGACUCCGCUAUUAGUGCCCUUCAGUCAACCGCCGUCGGCCCCGUCACACCCGCCAAGCCGAAGGACACCGACACCGCCAACGUCUCUGCCGGUAUCAUUCCGUACCUCGAGCGUCACACUACCAACGAAUUCCUGCUCAAGGGCCGCGCAUACACCUUGCAGCGCAUUGUUAAGAUGCUGCUCUCCAAGGAUGGAUUCGAAGGCUUCGAGUCGACGGUCAGCAUUGCCCAUCUCGAGAACCGCAUCGCCGCCACCCUGCACUUGGAUGCGAGGGACGAGUUCCGUCUUUAUCUCUUCAUGUACGCCAAGCGCAUCGGUGCCGAGGGCCACCGCGGCAAGGUGGAGGAACUCCUCAACAGCCUCAUUGGCGGCAUUCUUAAGGACAAGGACGAGAAGGAGACGGGACGGGGCUGGUUUAGCAACGAGGAGGACAUCUGCGGCUGGGACCGGAAGGAGCUGCUGAAGGGCGUGGUCAUGAUUCUCGGAAAAUUCCGAGAACUUCAACGACUGACGAUCCAAUACGCCCGCCUUCUCGACCUGAACCUCGAGAGCGAUGGUAUGGACAUCGAGUAA